AUGAGAAGUUUAUUAUUACCGGAGAUUCGGUUUCUUUCUGUCCUGCCUUCUGCUCCCAGCUCUCCCGAUUCCACUGACGACAGUUUACCAACCGUGGCAGAGUUUAACGAGUGUACUGAAGACGAGACGUGCAUCAACAUAGAGGAUUGCACUAUGUUUGGGCCGCACUUUACCGAACCAGCAGAGUGGUCCGAUGAGUUGAAGGUUGAAUUUCGGCAGCGUCUUUGCAAACGGGAGUCGAUCAAUGGUGUGCAUGUGUACAAAGUGUGCUGCCCGCCUGUGCUAAUCACUCGCAGUGGACUGCGCGGUUCGGACCUACUGAAUUUCACAACCUGUGGUGCCCAUUCGGAGAAUCGGAUAGCGCAUGGCAAGAACGCGGAACUGUUCCAAUUUCCCUGGAUGGCACUGCUUCAGAAGAACGUGGGAAAGUUUGUGUGCGGUGCGACCCUGAUUGCUGAGCGAUACGUGCUGACGGCGGCCCAUUGCGUCCAAAAUGACGAUAUAGUAUCGGUACGAUUAGGUGAGUUCGAUCUGCAUAACACAACCGAUUGUGAUAGCAACGGAGAAGAGUGCGCCAUGCCGGUUCAGGAUAUUCCAGUUGAACGGAUCAUCAAACACGACGACUACAGUCACUGGUACAAACGAAACGACAUCGCAUUGAUUCGACUUUCUCAAAAGGCUUCCCUCAAUGAUAACGUGAUACCGAUCUGUUUGCCAAUUGGACCGCAGAUGCGUACAACAACAAACAACUACAUUGUAGCUGGGUGGGGCACUACACACGAUUAUAAGCCGGCUGCUACGCUUCAGUACGCCAUUCUGACCCUAGUGUCCACUGCCGAUUGCCAAUCGCAGUUACAAAUCAUAGAUCCCUCGGUCAAGUUAGACGAAAACCAACUAUGCGCGAUCGGCGCCAAUCUGAGUGACAACUGCUCAGGAGAUUCAGGUGGACCGCUGAAAACGAUCAGCGUUAGUGGUCAGUUUGUGCAGUAUGGUGUAGUGUCCUUUGGCCUGAACACUUGUGGAAAACUGAGCGCCCCUGGUGUAUAUACGCGCGUGGAAAGCUACAUCGACUGGAUUCUGGAAAAUAUGGAGAACUAA